ACUAGUUGAGUCUAGUUGAGACUAGUAAUGGUUGUGUUUCCCUGCGCUGCAGUCCACCCCCAGGCUGUUCCCCACGGAGGACCUGCUGCCCCUGGACCCGACCCAGGACCUGAUCUUCCCUCCUGAGCUGAUGCGGGUGGCGCUGACGGAGCCCCAGCAGACGCGCUGGUUCCGGGGGGAGAGGGUGGCCUGGGUGUCCCCGGUCUCCCUGGAGGAACUGGUCCUCCUGAAGAGCACCCAUCCCCAGGCGCCGCUGGUUCUGGGGAACACCGCCUUAGGUCCGGAGAUGAAGUUCAGAGGGGCGGUUCACCCGCUGCUCAUCUCCCCCAGCAGGGUGGCUCCUCUGUUUGAGGUCACCCACGCUCCGCAAGGGGUGUGGGUGGGUGCAGGUCUGUCUCUGACCCAGGUCCAGAUGGUCCUGGAGGCCCGGGUGGAGGCGCUGCCCCAGGAGAAGACGGAGCUGUACCGGGCUCUGCUGCACCAGCUGAGGGCGCUGGCGGGACAGCAGAUCCGCAACGUAGCGUCUCUGGGAGGGAACAUUGUGAGCGCUCUCCCCAACUCCGACCUCAACCCGGUGUUGGCGGCCGGGGGCUGCAGGCUGAGGGUGGCCUCGGACGCAGGGGGCAGCAGGGAGGUGCCCCUGGACCAGGACUUCUUCAGGGGCUUCAGGACCACGCUGCUGGGGGCGGCCGACGUCCUCGUGGCCGUGUUCGUCCCCGAGACCCGGCCGGGGGAGUUCGUGCGGGCGUUCCGCCAGGCGCCGAGGAAGGAGAACGCCCUGGCGACCGUUACCACGGGGAUGAGGGUGGUGCUGGGCCCGGGGGCGGUGGUCCGGGACGUCCAGCUCUACUACGGGGGAGUGGGGCCCUGCACCCUGCGGGCCGCCAGGACUGGCCAGGCCCUCCUGGGGAGGCCGUGGGGGGAGGCGAUGCUGCAGGAGGCCUACAGCGUUCUCCUGGAGGAGGUGGUGCUGCCCCCGGGGGCGGUGGGGGGGAAGGUGGGGUUCCGCAGGUCCCUGACCCUCAGCCUGCUCUUCAAGUUCUACCUGGAGGUCCAGCAGGCCCUCGCACUCAUGAGCACCACCCCUGAGGGGGUCCAGAGCACCACCCCUGAGGGGGUCCAGAACACCACCCAGCAGGGGGUCCAGAGCACCACCCAGCAGGGGGUCCAGAGCACCACCCCUGAGGGGGUCCAGAACACCACCCAGCAGGGGGUCCAGAGCACCACCCAGCAGGGGGUCCAGAACACCACCCCUCAGGGGGUUCAGAGCACCACCCAGCAGGGGGUCCAGAACACCACCCAGCAGGGGGUCCAGAGCACCACCCAGCAGGGGGUCCAGAACACCACCCCUCAAGGGGUUCAGAGCACCACCCAGCAGGGGGUCCAGAGCACCACCCAGCAGGGGGUCCAGAGCACCACCCCUGAGGGGGUCCCUGAGAGGGAGCUCAGCGCCAUCAGACCCCUCCCCUGCUGCAUCCAGCCGGGCCAGCAGGGCUUCCAGGAGGUGUCGGGGAGCCAGAGCGAGCAGGACGCCGUGGGCCGUCCCGUGAUGCACCGCUCGGCGCCGGCCCAGGCCACCGGGGAGGCGGUGUACGUCGACGACACGCCCCCCCCACAGGGGGAGCUGUUUCUCGCCCUGGUCACCAGCACGCGCCCCCACGCCAGCAUCCUCGGUGUGGACGUGAGCGCCGCCCUGCGCCUCCCCGGGGUUCUGGACGUGGUGACGCACGCCGACAUCCCGGGACACAAGGCCCGCUCCUUCAUGGGCUACGAGGAGGAGCUGCUGGCCGACAAGGAGGUGUCCUGUGUGGGUCAGCUGGUGUGCGGGGUCCUGGCCGACUCCAGGGACCGCGCCCGGAGGGGGGCGGCCGCCGUCAGGGUCCGCUACCAGGACCUCCCGGACCCCGUGUUCACUGUGGAGGACGCGGUGCAGAGAGAAUCCUUCUUCCUGCCCCGGAGACGGAUCGAGAGAGGAGACGUCUGCAAGGGGCUGGAGACCGCCGACCACGUCCACUCAGGCGAGCUCCGGUUGGGGGGCCAGGAGCAUUUCUACAUGGAGCCUCAGAGCGUGCUGGUGGUCCCAGUGGGGGAGGAGACCGAGUUCCACGUCUACGUGUCCAGUCAGGCCCCGACCAUCACCCAGGAGGCGGUGGCAGAGACCCUGGGGGUCCCCUCCAACAGGGUGACCUGUCACGUCAAGCGGCUGGGCGGGGCCUUUGGCGGGAAAGUCACCAAGACCAGCAUCCUGGCGGCCAUCACCGCUGUUGCCGCUUGGAAGACGGGCCGGGCGGUGCGCUGCGUUCUGGAGCGGGGAGAGGACAUGCUGAUCACUGGGGCGCGCCACCCCGUACUGGGACGAUACCAGGUGGGGUUCAUGGAGGACGGGCGCAUCACGGCGGCAGACCUCCAGUACUACGCCAAUGCCGGCAACACCGUGGACGAGUCUCCCCUGGUGGUGGAGAAGAUGGUGCUGCACAUGGACAACGCCUAUAACAUCCCCAACCUGCGGGGGCGGGCGGUGGCCUGCCGCACCAACCUGCCCUCCAACACGGCCUUCAGGGGCUUCGGGGUGCCCCAGGCCGCCGCCGUGGUGGAGAGCAUGAUCACCGACGUGGCCCUGUGCCUAGCACGGCCCGCCCACCAGAUCCGGGAGGUGAACAUGUACCGCGGGCUGUCGGUGACCCACUACGGGAUGCGGUUCGACCCGGAGAACCUGUGGCGCUGCUGGGAGGAGGUGAAGGGUCGGGUGGGGCUGGGGCCCCGGCUGGAGGCCCUCAGGAGCUUCAACCAGGACCACCGCUGGAGGAAGAGGGGCGCCGCCCUCAUCCCCAUCAAGUACGGGGUGGCCUUCAGCGAGGCCUUCCUCAACCAGGCGGCCGCCCUGGUCCAUGUCUAUAAGGACGGCUCCGUCCUGGUGAGCCACGGGGGGGCCGAGAUGGGGCAGGGCAUCCACACCAAGAUGCAGCAGGUGGUCAGCAGGGAGCUGGGGGUCCCGUCCUCUCAGGUGUACGUCUCUGAGACCAGCACGGCGUCCGUCCCCAACAGCUGCCCCUCGGCCGCCUCCUACGGGACCGACGCCAACGGCAUGGCCGUCAGGGACGCCUGCCAGAAACUGUACAAGAGACUCGAGCCGAUCAGGACGAAGAACCCCAAAGGAUCAUGGGACAGCUGGACCAGGGCGGCGUUCCUGGAGAAGAUCAGUCUGUCAGCGACGGGAUUCUUCAGAGGUCCAGACUGCUACAUGGACUGGGAGAAGAUGGAGGGCCAGCCCUACUCCUACUUCACCUACGGCGCCUGCUACAGCGAGGUGGAACUGGACUGUCUCACCGGAGACUACAGGACUCUGAGGACGGACAUCGUGGUGGACGUGGGUCAGAGCAUCAACCCCUCCAUAGACAUCGGCCAGGUGGAGGGGGCCUUCCUCCAGGGUCUGGGCCUCUACACCCUGGAGCAGUUGAGCUUCUCCCCGGGGGGGCUCCUCUACUCCAGGGGUCCGUCUCAGUACAAGAUCCCGGCCGUCUGCGACGUGCCGCUCAGCUUCAACGUCCACCUGCUGCCGGACUCCAACAACCCCCACGCCAUCUACUCCUCCAAGGGCAUCGGGGAGCCGGUCCUGUUCCUCGGGAGCUCCGUGUUCUACGCCAUCAAGGACGCGGUGUCGGCGGCCCGGGCCGAGUCCGGCCUGGGGGGGGCCUUCCCCCUGGACAGCCCCGCCACACCUGAGAGGGCAUGUCUCGCAUGUGCCACGCCCUUCUCCCAGAGGGUUCCAGUCAGCGAGCCGGGAUCCUUCACCCCCUGGGCCCUGAACAUCUAGACCAGCACCUAGACCAGCAUCUGUACCAGCAUCUGGACCAACAUCUGGACCAGCAUCUAUACCAACAUCUGGACCAGCAUCUAAACCAACAUCUGGACCAGCAU